GAAGAUGUCUGAAUGCAUUUUGGUUCGACUGUACAUUAAUCUGUGUUUCUUUCAGGAGAAACAUCUCAGACAAAGCAGGUUUUGUCCUUUUUUUGGUUUGGCGAGUGAAAAUGGCGCACCUGAUGAAUUACUAAAGCAGCAGCGCAGCUCCUUGUUUAGGGACGCCGCACACACUCAACUUUAAUACUUUAAUGCUAGGACUAGUGAUGAGUUCGUUAAUUAAUUCCCCUCAUUAAUUAAAUGCAUAUUUAUGUCUUCAGAGCUCUGAUUGAACGACGAAGACCCAGUCCACCAGCGUCUGAAGAGGGCCGAACCCCGCCAGCCAAUCAGCUCUGGCUCUCCGUUAACAGACGCGGGUGCCCGGCCAAUCGCAGCGGGGAAGGGGCAGAGGUGGGCGGGGCCUGAGUGCUGGAGUGUCGGUGUUCUUGAGCAAACGCUCAGAGAGAGAGAGAGAGAGAGACAGCGCUUCGUUCGUCCGCCCGCUUCUGCUGCACGUCUCUCUCACUGCAGCUCUCUGUGUGUGUGUGUGUGUGUGUGUGUGUGUGUGUGUGUUCAUGUAUGCCGGCAGCGGCUGUGUGGCUCCUUCAUCACCUUCAUCUUCAUCGGUGAAUUCUCAGCAUCGGUGCACAAUCCUUCUCAUCUGUUGCCGUGGUGAUGGGCUGUCGACUGUCAGGGCCGUGGAUGGGCGACGGGAUGGGGGUUCACGGUCGGGAUCUGACCCACCUGCAGAAGCGAGAGGCCUUCCGUAUCCUGGCCAGCUACGAGCAGCCAAUCACGCUUCAGAUUGAGGGCCGGGGGCGGAGCCUGCAGUACAACCGGACGACGGACUGCAGUACGCAAACGGAGCGUCCGUGGGACCCUCUCCGGCCACACUCGUGCACCCUGCCGCGACCGCCUCCCUCAGACAGGACGUACUACAAUCACAUGACCCUGCCAGGGACCCGUAGAGACGGAGGCAGGUACGAGUACUUACCAAACACGCCCAGAGACCUGGAGCACAGAGAACAGAGACUGGCCUACAACGACCCGGAGUUCUCCAGCGGCGUGUCUCAGGGACAGAACUGUCUGAUCGGAUGCUGCAACACCAACCUGGACGAGCCCAGAAGUUUCCAGAGCCAGACUGAUGACGAUGACUACAUGAUGGAGAAGCCCCUGGGUUACCUGCCUCUUCAUCACGAGCUGGACAGCGGGCUGGGCUGGACGGACGGUAGCUUCCACCAGGGCGAGCUGUCGGGCGUGGAGACAGAGGAGGGCCUCGAGGAGCGCCACGGCGGGUCGCCGUCCUCGGAGUCCUUCAUCUCGUCUGAACUGAGCGACUCGGGUUUCUACAGCGUCAGCACGGGCGAGUUUCUGCGUUUCCAGCGUCUGCUGGAGAAACGCAUGCGCCAUUACAACGCCCGCAUGCACCACCAGGGGGAGCCGUGCUCCCGCGAGCGACGCGACAGCCAGAUUAAACAUCCCCUAGAGGCCAUCCCCGAAACGCUGACGGUGCAGCCUCAAAACGUCUGCACGCCCGUCCUGGGGUCACGUGGUUUGUCGCGCGUCUCGUCCGUGCAGUACCGCAAGGCGGAGCGCCCAUGUUUGAACAGGCACAGUUCCAGCAGCGGCUCGCUCUUCACUCCCGCGCCUCACCCCAGUUCCGCAGGGAUGCUGAGAAGAAGCAGGACGCUGCAUCACCGCCCAGCGCCAAUGGAGUACCGCAGACGGGCGAGUCACCCAGCCUCGCCCAACUACUGCAGCGCUACGCUGCAUCCCUGCGUCCACAGGGUCAACCUGCCCAUGAACCUCCCCGAGGAGCCGAACCUGGCACUUAUGCAUGUCGUCGCACACCCUGUUGUACACCCCGCUGCACACCCUGCUGCACAUCCCGCUGCACUCCCUACACAGACUCUACAUGCAAUGAGUCAACCGUCCCUGAUCCCUCCAGUGGACGAACACUGCUGCACGACGCCAGAUCUCCACGCCAGUGGCAGGAUCCGAGCAUCCACCGAACCGCAGCUCCAGAUGAGCUUCGUGACCCAACAGACACCCAGCAACAGGUUCCACACUCUGAGUCACACUCCCAGUCAGGACGCCAACGAAACCUGGCCAAAACCCGCCAACCGAGCGGCAUCCGUUGGCGGAAGUGGACUCUACAGCACCUUGGAGGGCCACACGCCCGCUAGGAAGCCACCCGCCGGGAAUCCACGCGCUUUGCGGAACCAGAUGCUGCGCGAUCGAGCGUCCCGAUUGGCGGACGAACGCAGCGGCAUGAGCACGGACGAAGAGAGUCACAACGAGGUCCGAAUGGGUCGCUACUGGAGCCGCACCGAGCGUCGCGAACACAUGCUGCAGAAACAGCGACACGCUAGAAGCAGCGGCAGCGGCGUAGCUGUGUCGGGGUUGGUGCAUAGUAGCGGAAUCGUGGGAGGUGCUAACAGAGACAGUUGUAAUACCGUUCUCGAGCUGAGCCAGAGGAAGCUCAGUCGCUUGAGGAACCGGAAGCUGCUUGACGACUGGACCACCGUAGAGGAACUCCUGACGCACGGAACGCGGCUGGGCGCCAGCGAAGACGCCUUGCAACUCCCUACGUCGUUGCUCACUGUCACAACUGUAUAGCGACGCCCACUUAGUGCGUGUUCAAAUUGACUCGUGUGUGUGUGUGUGUGUGUGUGUGUGUGUGUGUGGACUGGCCGCACUACACAAAGCUACCUCCUGACAUUGAGGUUUACUGUAGAUACAGACGAUUCCGAACACCGUAGUACAUUGAUUUUUAAAUGUUAUAUUUGCAGUAUCUUGUUUUGCAUUGUGUUGUGAAGAGAUGUUUUAUUAGGGAGUGAAUUCACUGCAGUUUGAUUCGACCGCAUGAAGCAAUACAACAGAUACGGACGCCAGACAAAACGAAUUUCAUUUGGUGCCAAGAAAAGUUUACGUUACGGAUCAUUUUAAAGGUGGUGCUAACCGUGAGAUUUAAUUUCGUCGACAUGAUUUGCAACUAGCCUGUCAACGACAUCCGAAUUGCAUCACUUUUGCACAAAAUUUAAAGAAUUCCCUUUCCGACUGUCUUCCUCUAGCUAAUUUGUGGCGUUAGCACAGCCCCUCCUCCUUUCAAUCAUCAAUCUGAUUCUCUGGGAAUAAUAUCGGAUAAUCUAUGGACGGAUGGGGAGUCGGAUACGCAGGCCGGCGGUUGGGAGCUCAAGGUUAUGCUGGAGAUCAGGCAGCGGAAACAUGAGUGUGUGUUGUGAAGUGUGCGGGUUCUUGCACUAUAACUGUAGUUCUGUAGAGUAUUUUUAAAGCUAUUUUUCUCGUGCUCUUCACAAUUGAUGUCACAAAAAGAAACAAAGAACUUUUAUAAAGACUCGAAGAAGAAUUCUAAGUGGUUUUAACGGAAGUACAACAGUUCGUAGAGAAGUGCAAAUUCAUCAGAUAUUUUCAGCACACCUUUCCGCAGACACCAAGGUUUCAACUUUACAGAAAGCCUCGCGGAACGGAUUCUGCGCGAGCUGCUGAGCCGAACGAGCCGAACGAUGGCGUUCUGAAUGAUUCACACGGAUUCGUUCUUGCUCACGUUUCGCGAACGAGACCUAAUUCUUUUCCAAAGCAGAAUAUGCAUAAGUAUUUUUGGAGUCACCUGUGUCAGCGUGGGAUGUUUGCGGAUCUCUUUUGUCUUCUCUGAGCAGAAAAUCAGGAUUUUUCCCACCUGCACUAUUUUUGGUGCACGAGCACUGGAGUGUUUACAAUUUUUCCUCACAACUGUGACUCUGCGACACGUCUCGCUCUCUCGCCGCCGUUUCUGAGGUGAAAUCACGUCAUUUUCGCCGCGACUCAAACGCUGUGAAUAAUGGAUGUGGACGGAUGGAACAUCUUCCCGUACGGAUUAACAGAAAAACUCUGCCUCUCUCAUUGGAUUUUGCUCGUUUCCACUUUUAGAAAUAAUUUUCUUGGGAUAUGAUGUACAUGUGGUUGUAAUAAAGAUGAAAUUUUAAUUAGCUACA